CUUAACGAACCCUUUCGUUGCCAUGGCAACCCAAACCAAGCGUCCAAAAUGUCGAGUUUGUUGGGGAAAAGUUUAUUUGAAGUCAGUGGUCAAGGUCCUCCACCCAAUAAAGACUUCUUCCAAUUUUCUGUUACCAAGACAGAGGUUAUUUGGAGAUGGUGGAAGAUUUCUUUGAGAAGUGAUGGUAGGAACACUAAGCCAGGAGAACUGAGGGAGUCUCACAAUGACUACUUGGAUGACAGCCGGAUUCAGACCAUCAUUAUGAGCCAUCCUCCCCUCAGCAGCCUCCACUGGUGUGAUGGUUUCCUAGGUCAGGUGAGUGUGGUGUUUGGCCCACGGAUCCUUCAGUACAGCCAGGCACUAUGUCAGGGCCACUAUGACUACCUGGAGCGUCUGCCCGACCCCCUGCUUCUCCACAUCCUGACUCAUCUGGAACUGGAGGACGUGGCACGGCUUGGACACACCUCACACAGGUUCAGGAAGCUGUGUCGUUCGGAGGAGUUCUGGGAGCAAGCGGUGCGCGGCCACUGCGGCUCCGUGUCUGCUGAGGUGGAGGCCCUGGCCCUGGAGUUGGGCUGGAAGAGCGUCUUCUUCACCAGCAAGCUGCAGCUGCAGAAACAGAUCAGCCGCAGGAGGAAGAGGAGCCAGAAGCUACUCUGUACAGACCUGGAGCGCUAUGAUGUAGACACAAUGGUGGAGCGCAGUGAGGACCCAGAGAGCCACGCUGCAGAUAUAGAGCCAGGUUCUGAGUCGGACCCUGGGCCGGAGCAGCUCUGUACAGACAUGCAGCGCUGUGGGAUGAUUGCGGGCCAGGGUCGUGGUGUGGCACAGGGGGACUGCAGCGCUGAUUCAGGGAGCUCACUGAAAUGACUAGUGUUUUAUCUUUACACUCUAAAUAGGAUCUGAGGUUUCAAUGCAGAGGAAUAGAGGACGGCUUGAUCUCGGGUGGAGACAGUACAAGUCGUUUUUGAUACAAAUAUGAUGACUGUUGAAUGUUUGAUGAAUUCAUGUUAGUUAUGCUUCUUGUCUUUCAAUCAAUACAAUGGCUGUGUUGUGUUGGAAGACAGUUUGUCUCAUAGACAGUUGCCUGGCAGCAAAGGAUGUUGUGGCAAUGGCUGGAGAUGUUAAUAUGCAUUUUUACCUGCUGUUGCUUUGUGUUGUACAUGUGCCAUAAUCUUUUUCCUUAUACAUUUUAGCACGAGCAGGACAAUACCAUUCAGUGGAAUGAUUCAGGGAGGGCACGUUUGGUAAAAAUAAAAGGAUAAAAACCUGCCA